AAUAGCCAACUAUGACAGCAGCAAUGAAUCUUACACAAUAGCACUGCAAAGCCAUUGAAAAUGGCGCAGCUGCUAGAGGAGAAGGCCAGGGCAACCCUUCAAGAAUUGUUGGACGUGGUGAGCACUGCCCAGGCGGAUGCUCGUAAAUCGUCAGCCGAAGCGGAGUCUUUGAGGAUUCAGUGCGACGCAUGGCGUUCACGAGCGCAAGAGGAGCAGCGGCGGAACGUCCGGCUGCGGCGCGUGCUCGCGUCCAUCUCCAAACAGGCAGCGAGGGCGCCAGCGAUGCUGCUCAGCGGGCGAACCAGCCAGCACUCUGGGGACGAACGGCGGGCGUACCAUUUUGGCGCUGUGCUGUCGCUGGCGCUGUCACUGGCGUUCCCGCCGCCAGCAGCAGCGGCCAGCGCAGGGGCGCCGUCCUACCACCGCCGCUCGGAGCCGGUGUACAACGCCGGCGCUGCCGGCGCAACCCGCAGCGAGGCCGGCGAUGACGACCUGCCCACCCAGCGCUCCGUGUCCACCACCGGAGCUGUCGGCGACAGCGGCUCCAGCGGCUUCGGCCCCGGUGCCGCUUCCGCGGCGCCAGCGGGGCCGUCCGCCGCUGUCGCGGCAGCUGCGGCCGGCGCCGUGGCCGCGUUUGCGGCACUGGCGGGACCGCUGCCGGCCCCGCCCUCGCCCAGGCUCUCCACCGCCGCCACCACGGCCGCACUAAGCAGCCCACCGCGCAUCGGCCGCCGCGACGCCGCCGGCGUCCACCACCGCAUCAGCGCCUCAGCCUCCAGUACCAUGCUCGGUCGCGCCGCUGGUGCCGGCGCCGCCGGCGCGUCUGCCGGCGCGGCGGCCCCGGUGCUCACCGGCGCCAAUGGAGCCGGGUCCUACGCUGGCGGUGGCGGUGCUGGUGCUGGCGGCGGUGCUGGUGCUGGUGGCAAUGCGGCAGGUGGCUCUGGCGGCGCCGGCAUGGGCGGCCUACACCACGGCGCCGGGGCCCGGCUGGGCAGCAGCAGCACCAGCAGCCUCAACAGCCUCACGGGCGGGGCCGCCAGCAGCGCCGGCACAGCCAGCGGCCGCGGGCACGGCCGCGCCGGCUUCAAACUGGUGCUGCACGGCGGCAGCGACGCCUCCACCAGUCUGCGCCAGCUCACCUCCUACGGCGCCAUGUUCCCUGCCGCCGCCGUCGGAGCCGCUGGGGCCGCCAGCGGCGGCAGCAGCCUGGGCGGCAUGACAGCCGGCGCCGCCGCGUGCGCCGCCAGCGGCCUGCUGCCCAGCGACGGCGCUGGCUCCCUGGAGCCUGGGGGCGGCAGCUUCGGCGGUGGUGGCGGCGGCGGCAACGGGGUCCGUGAGAGCGCCUCGGCCAACGACCUGGAGGGCUCUGGCGGCGCCAAGGCGUCGGGGACACGUGAGCUGCGGCUGCCGUCACAGCAGCAGCAGCAGCGCUACGCACAGCAGCAACAGCAGCAGCAGCAGCAGCAGCAGCAGCAGCAGGGCUCUGGGGGCAGCGGCGGCGGGGCGAUGUCGUACGACCCUGGGGCGGCGGCGGGGCCGCUGGCUGGCGCGUCGCCGCCACUGCACCCGGUGUCGCUUCGGGCGCAUUCGCUGGGCUGCACCUCGCAUGUGGCACUGGGCACGGCCUCGUCACCCACAAUCUCGGUCACCGCGGGGGCUGGAGGACUUGAGUGGCUCCCGGACCAGCCGUCGCCGUCGCCGCACGGCCCUCCGCCGGGGCUGGGUCUCCCGGGUGAUGGACCGCCAUGGAACCCUGCGCAAGGGGCGCAAGAGGCCUCGCCUAGGGCACGGUCGGCGGUGGGACAGGCUGAGCCAGGCGAUGCUGAAGUCAUACCGCCGGCACCGGCAGCGACGGCAAGAACGGAGAUGGAGGGCAGGGCAGCGACCGGCAAGCCGGAAGCGACGGAGCGACUGGAGGCGGCACCGGCCGGCCCGACUGAGGACGCCAGCACUGCAACGGCCACGUCGGCUGACGAUGCGGCCUUGCAGCGCGCGCCUGACCAGCAGGAGCAGGAGGAGGGGCGGCAGGAGCAGGAGGCUGGCGAGGAGAGCGACCGCCUGCUGCCGCUGCUGGGGCUGUCAAGGCGGCGGCUGGCCGGAGGUACUUCGCACCAACACGUGCUGCACUCACAGCCCGCGCCGACGGCACCGUCCCCAGGGCCCAUAGCUGAGGCGGCCGGUGGCGCACGUAACCACCAGGGCCCCGCAGCCGCCGCCACCACCGCCCACGCUGCCUCCGCGCCGCCACCCACGCCCGUCGGCGCGCCGCUGCUGCCGCAGCCGCCAAUGGCUCGCACACAGAGCGCCUUCGUGUCGCCCUCCGCCUCCAGCCUCUCCCUCUCGCGGCUCAACUCGCAGCCGAUGGGCGCGGCGUCGGCCGCCGCCGGCACGCCGCUGCCCACGCCCGGCGGCGCCGCGCCGCCGCUGCCCGCCGCGUUCAGCGCCACCUACGGCACCGCGCCGGGCGCGGCGCACGUGUCCCGGCGAGAGACGAUGCCGGCCUACCUGCACAACCACCACAACCACCACCACCACCACUCCCAUGGCCACCACCCGCACCUGGGCCACAGCGGCGCGCCGCAGACGGAGGAGCUGUCCUGGCACGCGGGCUGCCUAGCGAAGCAGCUGACUAAGCUGCAAGACGACCUCAACUCCAUCCAUGCCAGCUCCAACCUCAUCCGCUGCAACCGCGCCACCUGCAACUUGUCGGGGUCCGUGGCGCCGCCAGGCUCCCCCCGCCAUGGCGGCGGCGGCGGUGGCGGCGGCGGCGGCGGCGGCUCCCUGGGCGUGGGCAGCACAGGCCCGGCGCACUUGGGCCCGUUGGCGGCGAGUCUGACGGCGGCCGGCGGGUCAGUGUCCGGACAUGGCGGGCUCACUGGAGGCGGCGGCGGCGGCGGCGGUGGCGGCGGCUCACUGGCAGGGUCGCCAGGAGCUGGGGGAGGGUUUGGCGGCACGCCGCCACAAGCAGCCGGCGGCGCGUUCUCGCCGUUUGGCGGCGGCGGCGGCGCGCCGUCGUCGGGCGGCCGGCCAGGCAGCAGCUCCUGGCGGCGUGUGAUGGGCGGCAGCGGUGACUCGGGCGGCGCAGCCGCCGGCAGUGGCGGCGGCGGGCAGGGCGGGUUGCCUGGUGUGCCGGUGAGCGUGAGCGCGCGGCAGCCGCUGUCGUCGGGACCGGUGCCCACAGUGCACAACGGGUCGGGGGCGUACGAGCAGGGGCAGGAGCAGGGGCAGGGGCAGGGGCAGGAGCCGAACGGCACCGCCAGCCCGCCACUGGGAGGCAGCGGCGAGGAUGGCGUCAUGCCGCAGUCAGAGGAAGCAGCAGCAGCGGCCGCGGCUGCGGCGGCGGCUGCAGCAGCAGCGGUGGCGGACGGCAGUGCGCGGCAUGACGCCGUCGUGGAGGCCGCCAUAUCCGCAAUGGGUCCGCCGCGCCCGCCGCCGCACCCGCCGCAGCCGCCGCCACCGCCGCCUCCACCAGCCGUGGCCAGCGCCACAGCCCGCGCGCCCUCGCCCUUUGCGCCGCCCAAACCCUCGACGGACGGCGGCGCUGCAGGCGCCGCCGCCGACGCGGCAGCGGCGGCGCAGCCGCCCUCUCCGCCUUCGUCCACCGGCACCGCUCCCGCCCCUGCCUCUGCACCCACGCCCACGCCUGGCGGCCCCAACUGCCGCACCUGCCAGGCGGCAAGCGGCGAGCCGGCCUUCGUGGCGUUGUACUGGGUCGCCAAGCCGGCGGCGGCGCUGGUGGUUGCCAAGCCGGCGCCGGCGGUGCGGCCCACCUUUUUGUCGGUGCUUUCGUGGCUUCACGCGCGCGGCGUGGCCACCUAUGUGGAGCCGUCCAUGCUCAAGGCAGGGCUGGGGCUGGCGUGCAAGCGGCCUGGCGGCAACGCCUACCGCAGCAGGGGGCUGGAGGUCGGCGGCAGCGGCAGCGGGGCGGGAGGGAGGAGGAUGGAUGUGGCGGAGCCGGCGAACCGGACGGGGAGCGUGGGCGACGUGCUCAGCCGCGCCGUCAGCGGCGGCGUUGGCCUGGGUGAGGGUGCGGACGGGCUGGCAGCAGCCGAUGGCGGCGACGAAGGCGCUGCUGUUGGUGGGGAGCGGACGGUGUCGCAGGCGCUGGCGGAGGCGGAGGCGGCGCGGGCGGCGGGCGUGGGCGUGUCGUCCAUGGACGUGGAGGAGGAGGAGGUGGUGGAGGAGGAGGACCUCAUGCCGGGCUGUAGCACAGGCGUGCCGCUGCUGCUGAGCUGGCCUUCCGUGGGAGAGGGCGACGACUGCCGCAGCCAGGGCGUGCCGAGUGACGUGGCGGCGGCGGUGGACUUUGUGGUGGUGCUGGGAGGCGACGGCACGGUGUUGUGGACCUGCCACAUCUUCGGCAACCAGUCGGUGCCGCCCGUGGUGCCCUUCAACCUGGGCAGCCUGGGCUUCCUCACGCCCUUCGACCCCGGCCACGUCGCUUCCGUGCUGCAGCACGUCAUGGAGGGCGGCUUCCCCAUCAUGCUGCGACACCGCCUGCACGCACACAUCGUGCGCGCCGCGCCGCCGCCCGGCAGCAGCAGCACCUGCGCCACCGGCGCCUGCCCCGCGCCCUCGCCCUCCCGCAAGCAGCUGUCGCUGCCGCCGCCGAGCGGCUUCGCCUCAGCCAGCGACAGCGACAGCGAACCGGGCGGUGGUGCUACAGCCGCCGGCGCUGCUGCUACUGCUACUGCCGGCUGCGUGCGGGAGUGGGUGGUGUUGAACGAGGUGGUGAUCGACCGCGGCAUCUCGCCCUUCCUCACCAACCUGGAGUGCUACUGCGACGGGUCGCUGGUCACGCACGUGCAGGGUGACGGCCUGAUCGUGGCCACGCCCACCGGCAGCACCGCCUACAACCUGGCGGCGGGCGGCAGCAUGGUGCACCCGCAGGUGCCGGGCAUCCUGUUCACGCCCAUCUGCCCGCACAGCCUGUCCUUCAGGCCGCUCAUCUUCCCAGACUACGUGCAGCUCUGCGUGCAGGUGCCGGCCAACAGCCGCGGCCAGAUGUGGUGCUCCUUUGACGGCAAGGACCGACAGGCUCUGAACGCGGGCGACGCGGUGAUGAUCCGCAUGAGCGCCUGGCCCGUGCCCACCGUGUGCUCCAGCGACGCCUCGCGCGACUGGUUCAGCGGCGUGCGCGAGGGCCUGCACUGGAACAUGCGCCGGCUGCAGGCGGGCGCGGGGCAGUAGCAGCAGAGGGCGCGGCAGUGGGCUGGAGGUACGGUGGCAGGAGCAGGGAGUGGCUGUGCAGAGGGGGGAGUGGAGAGAGGAGGGGAGCGGGUGGCAGUGGUGGCAGGUGGUGGCGGCGGUGUGUUUCGCACGUGGUGAGGGGCGGGCUGUGGGUGCGCCAGGCGCUGCUAGGCAGGAAGUCCAACAAGCAACCAGGGUUGGGCGCCUGCCGGCAGAAAAGCAAGGCUGGAGGCGCUGCAGGAGUGCGUACUGCCCGCGUCUGCAUAUUUGUAGUGUGUGCUCGCGUCCCACCUCUUUUCAAGUGCGUUUUGCUCGUGUCAGCGUUGUGUGCAAAUUGCAAUCAAUGCAACUACGCUACUCAGUAUUCACUUCUGUUGCGGGUCCUACACAUGUACGGGCCCUUGUACUAUACCGUUACUAAUCCAUCAUGGCGUAACUGACGCACUUUGCGUUAGUACGUGUCGUGGAACUGGUCUGGUUCGUCUGAGCAAGCAUGUAGGGCUUUUGCAUGUGGAGAGGCAGGACGUGUGGAAAUGUACUGCAGUCAGGUUACUGAUACGUCUGCGCUUCAUGCAUUGUGUUCAUGAUUUGCGUGAACAUUUGCCAAGUAGUCUGUCCUUUCUUUCCCUUCAUGCUAUGUUGUAUGUUGUGCUCCCAGGAUUGACACGCUCCUGCGGGCAACAGUACUCCUGCAAGACAGGCAUUGCGCUGUGCGACAUCGGCGCUCAGAUUGAGGGGAAGUUAACUUCUCCUUUGUGGCCGGUUGGCGGUUUGCUAUUGGACCCAGUUCGUGGCCAUGCCGCGCUGAGAUCUGAUGUAAUCUGGUUGAGUUGACUUGUCUUAUGCUCAAGUAAUCUUGUGCGCUAGUGGUCUGACAACAAAACGUGGCCGUGGCAUCGGCUUGCUGCUGCCUCGUAAGAGCAGCUCCGCGCGGAAAGGCGGGAGUGGGGGUGAUGCCGGGCUGUGACGGGGACCAGGGCAUGUUGGCAUGGGAAAUCAUCGGACGGGC